AACUUCCGCAAAAAAAAAAAGAUUAUCUCUCUCUCUCUCUCUCUCUCUCUCUCUCUCUCUCUCUCCACAAAUUCACUUUCUAGAUUUUUCUUCAAAACUCAAACUCCAACCUUUCAUCUCUUUUCUCAACCACACAAACUAUGAAGAAGUCCGGCCUCUUCGCCGCUACAAUCGCCGCCGCAUCAGCCACCGCUGUCACCGUUUCAUCUUCCGCAAACAACUCUCACCAUCAUCAGGAAAGUACUUCUGAGAAAAGAAAUCGCAAUGAGAAUUCUUCGUCGGAGAAAUUUGCGCCGAGAUUUGAUGGUUUGCGGUUCAUUGAAACGCUUAUAACUGCUCAUAGAUGAAAGGGGUUUUCGAAUUUUCGCUGAAUUUGGUUUUGGAAUUUUCAAUGAAUAUGUUUCUUCA